AUGGGAUCACGAGUGAAUGUGUGCAGUGUUAAUGUGCUCGAUAAUCCGGCCAAAUUGAACGACCCAUUUAAACUAGAAAUUACUUUCGAAGCAUUCGAACCUCUUCCGGAUGAUCUCGAUUGGGAAUUGGUCUAUGUUGGAUCUGCAGAAUCCGAGAAGUACGAUCAAGUUCUAGAUUCGGCUUUGGUGGGACCUGUUGUAGAAGGGAGACAUAAAUUCAUUUUUGAGGCAGAUGGUCCAGAUCCGUCGAAGAUCCCAGAAGACGACAUAGUUGGAGUGACAGUGCUGUUGUUACGAUGUAGUUAUCGAGAGCAAGUCUUCAUCAAGAUCGGAUGGUUCGUCACUUUGGAAUACACCGAUCCAGAAAUGAAGGAGAACCCUCCGGCAGUGCCGAUAUUAGAUCAGUUGCAACGAACAGUUUGUUUGGAUGAUAUCCACGUGACCACUUAUCCGAUUAAAUGGGAUAAUAGUUCUUCGGAUAUCGAUAAAGAUUUGGAGAAUGGUGAUGCAACCGAUGCAAAUCUCAAUGGCAACGAUAGUAAUGAAUAUUUAUUAUCGAACGAUAAUUAUAAACAGCAAUCAUCAAAUAAUAAUUCCGAUUUAUUAACAACAAAUGAUUCGCAAUUAAUGGAUUCGACACCAUCAGAAUCUAUGACAAUCGUUGACAAAAACAAUUGCGUUGAUAAUGUUAGUACAUUACAAGCUGUGAAUGUAUCAGUACCAAUCGGAUCAUCACCUCUUAAUGAUCUCACGAAUAAUGACCAAAUUCCGGAUCUGGUUGAUUGA